UAUGAGGCCGCUAACCCAGGAGUCCUGUGAUAUACGUGGGUACUGUCGCUGUUGCUUCUCUAUAAGCAGAUGUUUUUGUUGAUAAAGCUUCUAGGAGUUCUCUGUAUUGGACUGCGGGUGCCCGGCUGCAGUUGAAACCCUAUAGGGGUCUUCCUCCUCUGAAACAGCACUGGCAUCUAAGCAGCUACUUGAGUAGUCACAAGCUGCGCGUGAAAGCAUCUGUAAUGUGGCUUCAGUUAAGGCAUGUAAGAAGAGAACACACACUACCUCCAAAGACUUGGAUUAAGAAAAGAAGAAGAAAGAAGGACUGGUAGUCCUUUUCCACUGUUAAUAGUACCACAGACUGGGCCAAUAUGUACAAUAGACAUUUGUUCAGUUUAUGCGUCUGGAUGCUGGGAAGUCUGGGGGCUUGGGACCACACCAUUAAUGCUCACAGAGGGAUAUACAGGUAGAAUAUCACUUCAUGAUGAGCUACAGGUGAACUCGGAGCCCAAUGCAUUCCAGAUGAGAAAACAGAUGUUCUGGUGACGGUGAAACUACUUGCUUUCAGAACAACGUUUAAAUGGCCACUGUUUUUGUUGCCUUCCUUCUACAAGCCAGACUGAAACGCACUGAGGAAAGUUUCGAAAUAAAUUAAACCUUCAGUCAGUAUUAAACUUCAAAGUGGUUUGUCAAUACCCAAUUUUCAGACAUAAUAGGACAUGGAAAGUUGGCAGGGUUUGUUGCUCAUCAUGGGCAAAGGCCAGCAUUUCCUGGCCCUAGAAUCUACCCAGUUCUUCACUGGCUGUAGAAUCAACUGUUUGGUAGUUUAUGAACACAAGACCAUACCCACCUGUGACUUUUUAGCCAGCAGGCCACACACGAUCCACUUCUAACCAAGCAAACUUAGAAUCAGUAGCACCCCUGUGGAGACUGACAGGCAACCCCCUAACUUCCACUUCCAUGGUCCAAUGGGGUACAGGCAGGAAGAGAAGAGAAAAUCUGAGUGUCAAGGCUGGGCAGCCAGAAUUCCUAAUGAGGUAUCUUCAUGGUAACUGGGGGAUAGGGUUGGAGCAGAAAAAUGUCUACACAUGGAUAGGAAUAAAGUGACCAGGGCCUUUGAGGAGACAGCCAGACAUAAGGAAACAUUAAGACUGGAACAAAAGCGAAAUAUCUGGGAACUGAAGAGAUGGCUCGGCAGCUAAGAGCCCUGGCUGCUCUUCUAGAGGACCUGGGUGAAAUUCCCAGCACCCACAUUUAGGCUCACAAACGUCUGUAACUCCAGUUCAAAGAGAUCCAGCACCCUCCAGUUGGCACCAGACACUCAGGUGGUACAUAGACACUCAUGCAGGCAGAACAGGCAUACACAUAAAAUAAAAAAAAAAAAAGAAUAACAUUGAAAAACAAAAUCCCCACAGAGUGAUCCCAAAGAAAACAAUGAAGCACCCAACAUCUGCAGAUUCUACUGACCACCUUCCCAGGAGCCAGCGAGGGGCAGAUUUUACCCCUGUGUGACCAGCUCUGGGGCCACAGGAAGGGUAUCCAGAAUCAGGGGAAAUAACAGGAAGAGGAAAUCACUGUUUAUGAAAGGAUUCUUAAGCCUCGAAGAGUGCAAACACAGCCUCACUUACCGCAAUGGUGCACACACGCAAAGUAGUGAACUUUACCAAUAACUGGGCAUAUGGAUUUGGAAUCAGAUUCACAUUUAAAAAAAUCUUAAUUUCUACUUUUGAUUUAUUUAUUGAUCUCUUUCCUAAGGGGUUCCUUUCUAGGGGUUUGUCAAGGGCUCUAGGUGGACAGUGAAGUAGAAGUCAAAUCUACCCUGAAGAAUUCUCCUGGCCCAGACAAAUCGGGGGGCGUGGCCUGCCGGAGCCGCCAAGAACUCCUGAAAACAAAACUUCUCAAAUCUCUGGGAUGAGAAGGAGGGGAUGGGAAUGGGUGAGCUGGAAAGGAAUUGGGAUGCGAAAGCUGGGACAAGAGGAAACAGGAACUGGGAUCUGGGGAGCGUCAAGACUGCUAAGGGCUAAACUGAGCUGGAAAGACUUGGGAAUCCCUAAUCCGGCGAGGGGCUGGCAGGGUGGGCAUCAGAUCCAAGCAAGCAGAGGCCCUAACUUUCAGUUGUCAGCAGCUCAGAGACCUGGGGGAGGGGGGUAGAGAAAAGGGGACUGUGGGGAAGGGGCGUCGCCUCUGUCCCCCCCCCCCGCGCCCUCCCCAAUGUACUGGGCGGUGCCUCACCACCGCCUUUUUUUCAUUUUUUAAUUCGGUCCCACCCCUCUGGCCCCUCUAGCGGGGCCGUGAGCUUCUGCUCGGCACCCCGGCGCGGAUCCCUGGGUUGGUCUGGCCUGGGCCAUUGACGUCACCACCAAGUUUGCUGUCCUUCGCGUCCCACGUGUGGCGGUAGCGGCCAAGGAGGCUGCAGGGAGCGUCUAGGAGCACAGUGGCAGCGACCACUGACAGGUCCCGAGCAGAGGGUCCACUCCAGGCGGCUCCCGGCUGGAGUCCCAGAGGAGUGGGUAGACUUCCGGAGAGCCCCGAGAGGCCAGAAGGUUCGAGUUCCACUCAGACCGAGGGGCUAAGGGGGACUUGGCUCCGUGCUGAGACCAUCUGAGCCAGGACUCUGAGCGCGCUCCUGGGAGGGCCAGGAAAGCAGAACAGCCAGCGGCCGGGAAAAGGGUCACUCGCUUUGUCCGGAGCGCACACAGCUCUGCGGACCAGGAGCCCCGCGUCCCCUCCACAGGGACCGAGCCAAGAAUGCAGGGUCGCUGAGCCGAGAUCCGCACCGAGUGGCCGCUCAGGAACCCUGCUGAGCCCAGCGCCUUCGCCACCGCUGCCCGCCGCAGAGACUGCCUUGUCCGGCGACUCUCGGGGACCCGGGGCGCCGAGCUCUGCCCAGCUAGGCUCAGGACACGAGCACAUUUCAGACCCGAGACGAUGGUUUCUUAAGCACGGCCCCGAACCCCUUUCUGCCCCUUCGUCCGGAGCUCGGGACCCCGAGAAGGGCUCGCGGGCAGCUUCUGGUCCCCGCUCCAGCUCUGGUCGCCACUCCGCGGGGCACCUCUCCCGCAGGCAGGGGCGCUCGGGCGAUGUGGCCUCAGGGCAGCGAGCGGGAUGGCAGGGCUCCUGGUGCAGUCCCGGCCUAGCAUGGCCCGCCCGUCGUCAGUCGCCUGCGGCUAGGAUGGCCCCCUUGGGCCCCGCCGGUGCCCAGCCAGGCCAGGCUGAGCCACUGUCGCGCAGCAUCUUCAGGAAGUUCUUGCUGAUGCUCUGCUCGCUACUCACUUCCCUCUACGUCUUCUACUGCCUGGCCGAGCGCUGCCAGCCCGGGUCAGGCCCCGUCGCGGGGGUCCCGGGGAGCGGCGUCUCUGCAGGACCGAGGGAGCUGGCGGCGUGGCCGGCGGGGGCGCAAAGGAAGCGCCUCCUGCAGCUGCGGCAACGGCGGAGACGCGGGCGGCCCGGGCCAGGAGACAGCGGCGACCAGGAUGAGCAGAGCCCUGGGCUGACCGCAGCUCCAGGAGGCUCCGGGGCGGGAAGCAGCGUGGCGGAGGCCCAGUCCGGGACCCUGGCCCUACUCCUGGACGAGGGUAGCAAGCAGCUGCCGCAGGCCAUCAUCAUCGGCGUGAAGAAGGGCGGCACGAGGGCGCUGCUGGAGUUCCUGCGCGUGCACCCCGACGUGCGCGCCGUGGGCGCCGAGCCUCACUUCUUCGACCGCAGCUACCACAAGGGCCUCGCCUGGUACCGAGACCUGAUGCCCAGAACCCUGGAGGGACAGAUCACCAUGGAGAAGACGCCCAGCUACUUCGUGACCCGGGAGGCACCAGCACGCAUCUCGGCCAUGUCCAAGGACACCAAGCUCAUCGUGGUGGUGCGCGACCCCGUGACCAGGGCCAUCUCGGAUUACACGCAGACGCUAUCCAAGCGGCCGGACAUCCCCAGCUUCGAGAGCCUGACGUUCCGCAACCGCAGCGCGGGCCUCAUCGACACGUCCUGGAGCGCCAUCCAGAUCGGCCUGUAUGCCAAGCAUCUGGAGCCCUGGCUGCGCCACUUCCCGCUGGGCCAGAUGCUCUUCGUGAGCGGGGAGCGUCUGGUCAGCGACCCGGCUGGGGAACUGCGCCGCGUGCAGGAUUUCCUGGGCCUCAAGCGCAUCAUCACCGACAAACACUUCUACUUCAACCAGACCAAGGGCUUCCCGUGCCUCAAGAAGGCGGAGGGUAGCGGCAAGCCGCACUGCCUGGGCAAGACCAAGGGUCGUGCGCACCCCGCCAUUGCGCGCGAGGUGCUGCGGCAGCUGCGAGACUUUUACAGGCCCUUCAACCGCAAGUUCUACCAGAUGACCGGCCGCGACUUCGGCUGGGAUGGAUAGCAGAUAUAAUUUAAAAAGAAAAAAAAUAUCAAAAUAUAAUAUAUUUUUUUACCAGUCGGUAGAGAAAAGACAUUUUAAUAUUUGUGUAUUAAGUAUGUGUUGCGGUAGUUUAUUCUUUUCUCCUGUUCCCAUGAAUAACCAGCAUCAAAUCUGUGCGCAGCAGGAAAGGAGAUUUCAUUUACCCAAGCCCCUCCCAUCUUCAGUUUGUUUAUGUUCUGAGCACUUUUUUGCAAGGAUAAGCACCAGUUACCGCUAAACUGUUUAAGAAAAUUCUCAGAGUAAACCUCCCUUCUGUGAAGUAUAGAAACCUGAUAGAGUUGAGACCUGGCCUUCCCUUUUUCUAUCUUUCUCCUGUACUACUUUUUUUCUGCCAAGUCACUUCGCAGUUAAUGAUACUCUACGUGGGCACAGGGCAGUUUUCCAUUGUAGUUUUGACCCUCACACUACUGCUGUAAGCGUGUAGGGCAUUUUCGGAGAUCAUCAUUUUCUAUUUUAGAGGCAAGGGAAACUGAGUCUCAGGGAGGUUGAAUGACUUGUCCUAAAGCCUGGUGCUGGAUCCUGAGCAAAAUCCUGUCUGCCACUUUGACUCUAUUUUAUGACAGGGAGAGGGGGUUGCUUCAGACACCUGUUGCUUUAGAAGCUCUGGAGUGACCCCAGGAGGGCAGAGGGGCCUUGUUACUGCAAUCUGAGUUCCAGGCUGGCCUAUGGCACACAGCCUCAUUACAUUGCUGUAUUCAUGGAAGUCACUGAGAUGGGGACACAAGCUCUCUAGGGAGCCUGUCUUGCCUCUUGGCUGAUCAAAGAGCGCUGAGCCUAGGAAAUCUGACCCAUGGGUGGUCAUCUGAGUUGCAGAGAAAUUCCUGAAUUCUUCUAUUGAGGGAAGAUGGGCAGAAACAACCACAAGUGUAGCAGAGUGCUACUUUCCUUGUUCUUGAAAGCAAAAAUCUUCCUUUCUGUGUAGUAUCUCAUCCCUGACCUCUGUUAGGAAGCCUUUCCAGCUCCCCCAGUUUUCAGAUUGAGAGACCUGUCACUCAAUCGCUCUGCCCGCCUCCUCAUUUCCUUCUCAUAGGCUUUACAACCUAAAGUUCAUUAACAAUUGGAAAACAUUCAGAGAAGCACAGUUGUGGGUGGAAUCCCCUUCUUCUUGCCUGUCCCCUGUCUAAAUGGCUCAAAUGAAUCAACAGUUUAUUGAGAGUGCGCCUUGCUCUCCGAGUGGGUAUUAACGAGCUUAGCAUUAAUGGGAAUUAAAUUGCCUUAGCGAGGAGCACAUAGGCACUGAGCACAUACAGCAUUCUUAAUUAGUCUGUCAGCAACAUUUUAUUACAGGUUUAAGACCAGGAAGAAAAUGUUUGCUGUUCCAUCAAAAUUGUCUUUAUGUACUAAAAUUUAAAGGGCCAGAUACUCUAGUAUACUAAAAUAAUAUUCUGCUUUCCUCUGCUGCCAAUCAAGUUAAUAUUGUUUUACAAUGUGCUGGAUGACUCUAAGCUUGUCGCAGGUGCUCCGUCACGGAUGUCCAUGUCUCUUAAGAAAACUAAUACGGGUUCAAAGGGAGUGAAAACUGCUUUUUAACUUUCUACGUAUUUUGUCAUCUGCAGGCUUAUUUGUUUAAUGUCCCACUUAUGGGAGUUAAGCCCCAAACUCAGGUCCCUUUUUCACUUUGUCUCCUUCCCCUCCGCGCCCUCAACGUCCAGCACCUCAGUCUGUUUUUAGACAACGUGAGUCAUCACCAGCGGCCACGAGAGACUUGCUUUAAGCUCUGCUCACCUUUUAAUUUGUUCUGUUUGUGCUUCUGAAUCUUUUGUACUCCUCUCUCUGCCUGUCAUUAUGCAAAAGCGGCUUGCACAAAGCCGGAAUUGUAUCUAACAGCUGCACUCAGUAACCUUCCUCUUUUCCCAUGGAAGAGAUAAUAAAAGAACAAAAUUGAGUGCCAAGGAUCUCAAUUUUGCUUUGUCAAAGUUUGCGGAUGUUUUUGUUCAUACGAUGUGAGAUACGAAUGAAAAGAGUCCUCCAGGCAAGCUUUCGAGCUUGUAAGUGUCCUUAAAGGGGUCUAAAGUUUUGAAUCUUGGUCUAAGGGAUAAUGAACAAGACUGAGGUUCUCUCAGUUUCACAGAGGACAAGCGACAGAAGGGUUUCUGCCUUCCCUGGAGAGCUCACUCCUGCUGUGAAUGGAAUUGGCCUCCCAUUUAUGCCAUCCCUUUAGCUACACCAAACAAUAGGCUUUGAUCUCAGGUGGAACAUGAGCCCUCCUUCCUUGAGCUGUCUUCUGUGAAGCCAUGCUCACCAUCCCAUGCUUCCCUUUGGGCUGGAACAUUGUCCAGGACAGCAGCUUCCGGCUGAACCCUCAGCUUCUGGACCAUGGGUGCAGCAUAUGAGAGUAUCACUGAACAGCUGAGAUCCAUUGAUAUUAUUCCAAGAUCUGGGCAGGAACAGGCUCCUAGAAAAUAUAUAUAUCUUUUAUCCUACAAGGAUUAACCACACUCUAAUUUUCUUAUAUUUGUAA